AUGCUGGCUAAAUUGGUUCGGAAACUUCACAGGCCUGGUUCGUCGGCAUCCAGGCAGUCACAGCCAGAUUCGUCCCCCUCAGCUCCAGAAGCAGACCUUCCAGUGAUUCCAGCAAUCCCAGCAAUCUCAAGCCCUCGGUCGCGACCGAUUACGCCUCCUUCCUGUGAACCAAGCGGCACCUUUGGACUCUUCGAGCGCAUCCCCCUCGAGAUCCGCCGGCAGAUUCUCAUUGAAGCGUUUGGAGAGCAAACCAUCCACAUUGAUCUCGUCUACGACCGCCCUAGGAUUGAGCAGCGGGAUGCACCAAACGAGGAACAUCGUUUUCGUCGAGCACCGCGGCCUACCGGGAAAGAACUAGCAGCUGCGUCUGCCUUGUACAAGCUCAAAACGAAGCGAUGGCAGUGGUAUAGCUGCGUUUGCCAUGCGAAACUCCUCUCGGGCACAUCUAGCUGGUCACGUUUUAGUGAGCCUUGUGAUGAUUCUUGCGCGAGCAACGACAAUGUCUGUGAACAUUGGCCCGGUGAAGCUCCCUCGAAAUGCUCUUUGGGCAUCAUGGGCUGGCUGCUCAGUUGUCGUCAAGCCUACGUCGAGGGCCUGGAUGUGCUAUUUGGAACCAACACGUUCCGCAUCCAAGACAUGGUGAUCCUCCGCCAUGCACAGCAGCUCUUCCUACCGCAUCGUUGGGCCGCUAUUCCGCGCCUGGAAUUACAGUGUUUCUUCUCUCCAUACGGCUGGAUGUUGCCUGCCGAAAACACGCCCCCUGUUAAUCCAUUACCUCUGUACUGCCAGAAGGAGCCCUUCUACGACCUGAUGGGCCACCUGCCAGACGCUUUCCGUAACUUGCAGACCCUCCACCUUUCCUUGAGAAGCACGACGGCGAGGGCGUUCUCCCCUUGGAAAAUUGCCUAUACUCAUUUGCAAGAGCUCAUGAAGCCUGUCGAAAGUAUGCUGCGGCAACUGCCUCCGACAGUUCGUGAGUGCACUGUCGCCGUCCCUAGCUCCCUUUUUUGGCAGAGCCGCGACAAGGCGAAAGAGGAUGGCCGUACCGUCGAGCACUUCUACAAGAAGCAAAAAGAGCGGCAUUGGUGUGAGUUAUCCGGUCCAAACCAAGGGAUAAACGGAUACUGGCUCCAGCUAGGAAAGACGGACUUGUCGGCCGAAACCAUCCUACCUAAUUACUGCUUUGGAAGUGGCGCAGGUCGAAAUUGGAGAGACGACAUGAACGUUAAGGACGAAGAUCUCAUUAUCUACGGGUUACACUGGCUAUGA